AUGAAUGCAACUAUCGUCGACGAUAAGUCAGAGCAUUGCAUUCCAUUUCUGCUUAAGCUAUUGGAGGCACAUAGGCUGAAGCAUGGAAACAACCCCAACGCGCCACCGUUCUUCGUGGGAUUGAAUGGUAUCCAGGGCGCGGGGAAAACGGUCCUAGUCUCUACACUUCGGUCUACCCUCUCUACUACCCCCUAUAACCUACCUACAAUCACCUUCUCCUUGGACGACAUAUACCUAACACACAAUGACCAACGACAUCUUGCAGCUACCUAUCCAUCCAAUCCCCUUCUACAACACCGUGGGCAGCCGUCUACUCACGAUAUUCCCCUUGGUAGCAAGGUAUUUGACUCCCUGCGGCGAAAUCAGCUCACCAAAAUACCUUCGUACGACAAAUCCGCCUUUAAUGGCCAGGGGGAUCGUGCACCAGAAGAUACGUGGGAAAUAGUAAAUGAUACUCAUAAUGGACAGCCAUUGAUCAAGGUUGUUAUAUUUGAAGGAUGGUGUGUUGGUUUCCGCUCAAGGCCAGAGACUGAAAUCCAAGCAGAGUGGGAAGAUGCUGUGAGGCGGCGGGAACAGGACGAUACCUAUAACGGACAGCUUGGCCAUGUUAAACUGGAAGAUGUUAUGACCAUUAAUGAUUCUCUGAAGGAAUAUGAUACGUUUACUAGCCAGCUUGAUGCAUUUAUACACAUUGAUGCUGAGGAUACGCAUAAUGUAUAUUACUGGAGACAGCAGCAGGAACAGACAUUACUUGCAACUAAGGGAAAGGGGAUGACUUCAGAUCAGGUCACGAAAUUUGUCAAUGGAUAUUAUCCAUCAUAUGAACUAUAUACAAACCAGCUCAGAAAGGGUGUGUUUCGGCCCGCGGAGAAAGGCGACGAAGACUGGAAAGGCAGACAGCUUCGGCUCAUCGUUGACAAGCAGAGGAGAGUAAAAGAGGUCCUCACUAUGUGA